UAAAGCCAGCCUCCCGCCAACUGCAACUGAGCACAUUUUUAAUUGCCUGGGGAAGAAGAGGCUGUACAUAUCGCUUCGUAAUUUAUCAAAAAAACAUCAACUAUGCGGGAGAUCGUUCAUAUGCAAGCUGGACAGUGUGGUAACCAGAUUGGUGCCAAGUUCUGGGAGGUAAUCUCAGAUGAACACGGCAUCGACCCCACAGGCACAUACCAUGGUGACAGCGAUCUCCAACUAGAAAGAAUAAAUGUAUAUUACAAUGAAGCCACGGGUGGAAAGUAUGUGCCACGAGCCGUCCUUGUCGAUUUGGAACCAGGAACGAUGGAUUCAGUUCGCUCCGGACCUUUUGGACAAAUCUUCCGACCAGAUAAUUUUGUAUUUGGACAGAGUGGUGCUGGUAACAACUGGGCAAAGGGACAUUAUACAGAAGGUGCGGAGCUCGUAGAUUCAGUGCUGGAUGUUGUGCGAAAAGAGGCGGAGAGCUGUGACUGUCUUCAAGGAUUCCAAUUGACACACUCCCUAGGCGGUGGAACUGGCUCGGGUAUGGGCACACUCCUCAUCAGCAAGAUCCGCGAAGAAUACCCAGACAGAAUCAUGAACACAUUCUCUGUAGUACCAUCACCAAAGGUCUCCGAUACUGUAGUAGAACCAUACAACGCCACACUCUCUGUCCAUCAACUUGUGGAGAACACAGACGAGACCUACUGCAUAGACAACGAAGCUCUGUACGACAUCUGUUUUAGGACAUUGAAACUGACAACCCCAACCUACGGCGAUCUUAACCAUCUAGUAUCUGCAACCAUGUCUGGUGUAACAACUUGCCUCCGAUUCCCUGGCCAAUUGAACGCCGAUCUUCGUAAGCUAGCCGUCAACAUGGUGCCAUUCCCGCGUCUUCAUUUCUUCAUGCCUGGCUUUGCUCCUCUGACGUCGCGUGGUAGUCAGCAGUACCGGGCGCUCACAGUCCCAGAGCUUACGCAACAGAUGUUUGACGCGAAGAAUAUGAUGGCCGCCUGUGACCCACGACACGGUCGCUAUCUGACCGUAGCUGCCAUGUUCCGAGGACGCAUGUCGAUGAAGGAGGUUGAUGAACAAAUGUUGAACGUCCAGAACAAGAACAGCAGUUACUUUGUUGAAUGGAUUCCCAACAAUGUGAAGACGGCUGUCUGUGAUAUCCCUCCGCGUGGCCUCAAGAUGUCCGCUACGUUUAUCGGCAACAGCACUGCUAUCCAGGAGCUGUUCAAGCGCAUCUCCGAGCAGUUCACCGCUAUGUUCCGUCGUAAGGCUUUCUUGCAUUGGUACACUGGUGAGGGUAUGGACGAGAUGGAGUUCACGGAGGCCGAAUCCAACAUGAACGACUUGGUGUCGGAAUAUCAGCAGUACCAAGAUGCCACUGCUGAAGAGGAGGGCGAAUUCGACGAAGAGGAAGAAGAUGCUGAAGAAGCUUAAAUCUUGGACUGAUUCAUUCCAAAAGUUGUGUUUCCGAGUCUUAGUUUUCCAUCAUACUGCUCUGUCUUUGUACUGUGCAAUACUAAAAUAAUUUCAGGACUCCAUAUGAAAUUGAACAUUUCAUGCUACCAUUGGUUUUGCUGCUAGAUCUGCAUAAAGUCUCCACCAUGCAUACUGUUAUUUUAAGUUGUACCAAAUCAAAGCAGCACAAAAGUAGAAAACGUCACAUUAUUAAGAAAUCAAACUAACUAUCGAAGCACUGCACUUAUGAAUCUUGAUUUGAGAAUGACUUUUGUAAACCAUCCAUAUGCAGUGGUCAGGAGAAGACAUCAAGUUAAACAGUCUGGGAGUCCUGACCAAAUCAUGCCAAAAUUUUGUGUUCUCUUGUGUUGUAAUUGUAUGUCAUAAAUACCGGUUCUUUUUACAGUCUUUUUGGAAACAUUUUGUACAAUCAUGUGAAUUGUACCCUCGUUCAUUUUGCUAUGUUGACCAACCAUCUGAUGCAUGUUUGAAUCAUGCAGAUUUCAAUAAAAUGAAUUUUAUGUGAA